GAGUAGGCGGAUUUAUAAUAUUAUCCCUCCGCGUGCAUGCGCAGUCCAGCGAGCGGAAGUGACCUGAGGGAGAGGGACGUGGAAAGCGAGCGGGGCAGAGCUUGGCGCUCCUCCGCUCGGCUGCCUCGGCCUGCCGGCUUCUCUCGCGCAAUUUCCCCUCAGAAGCGUUCCUUCGGCCUCCGCCGUGUCCUUUCUCCCUUUGGGGACUACUUUGUGUGUCCUUCCGCGCCGCUUGUCUGUCAGUCUGCCUUCUGUGUCUCCUCAGCCUGUCUGUCUCCGCCAUUCCUUUUUCUGUCAUACCAAAACCACUCGCCCCUUGCCUUCUGGGCUUUCCCUCAGCCUUCUUUCCUCUCAGGAACUCUUUGGGACUUCUCUCUUUGCUCUGCCUCACUGAGGACUAGGCCCUAAAGCCUUACCUCACUGAGGUCUAGGCCCUUGACUAUUUGGACCUUCUCUCUUUGCUCUGCCUCACUGAGGACUAGGCCCUUGAGCCUCUGGCCUAUUAUUACUAAUAUUUAAAUUGGCCUGCCUUCCUGUAUGAGACCUUUGAGCCUCAAGACUUAUUCUGAUUGUUAAUAUUAAUAUUUUAAUUGGUCUGUUUGGAGUCUUUGGGCUGAUUUAACAUACUAGUUACUCUGCCUCGUUGCUGAGAAUAUAAAUCGUUCUGCGUCCCCGCUCCUUAGCCUUAUUAUUAGCAAUAAUAAUAAUAACAUCGUUUGGCUUUGGCCCUCCUCCUUAGGCUUAUUAAUAAUAUUGCUAUCGAUAUUGGUCUGCUUCCCUAGCUGUUGGCUUUGGGUUGUUUCUUGGACUUAUUAUCAUUAGUAGCAUUAGUAUUAUUAGUAGUAGUGGUAUAAAUAAAUUCUCCUUCCCUAGCUGUUGGCUUUGGGCAGUUUCUUGGACUUAUUAUUAUUAGUAGCAUUAGUAUUAUAAAUAAAUUCUGCUUCCCUAGCUGUUGGCUUUCGGCUGUAUCUUAGACUUAUUAUUAUUAAUAGUAUUAUUAGUAUUAUAAAUCAAUUCUGCUUCCCUAGCUGUUGGCUUUGGCCUGUUUCUUAGGCUUAUUAUUAGUAUUACUAUUUUGCUUCCCUAGUUGUUAGCUUUGGGCUACCCCUAAAUACUAUUAUUGAUACAGUUAUUGGUCAUUUGUUCUGCUCCCUUGGUAAUUGGCUGCUCCGUAAGCUUAUAGCAGCAUCAAUAAAUACGUUCUGCUCCCCUUUGGCUCUUUCUGAGGCUUAUUAUUAUUAAUAACAUAGAUAAAUUGUUCUCGUCCCUUGGCGAUUGGUUUUGGUGUCCUCAGGCUUAUUGUUAUCCAUAUCUGUUCUGCUCCCCUAUCUGUUGGUUUUGGGCUGCUUUUUAAGUGUUAAUAUUAUUAAGAUUAUUGUAUAUCAAUCCUGCUUCCCUGGCUAUGUCUUAGGGUUACUCUUAUUGAUAUUAUUAUAAAUACAUUAAUGUGCUCCCAUAGUUGGUGAUUUUGGGCUAUUCCUCGGGCUUACAAUUUUACGGCUUUUCUCUCUCUACAUUCCUAUAUGAAGUAAGUACCGAUUUGCCUUUCUUUUUCCAGCCGUGCCUUGUCUUUUUGGAGCAAAACUAUCUGACUUUUCUCCCAAACUCAGGGAGAAUAUUGUCUGAUUUUGUUUUUUGUUUUUUUUGCCGUUUCUUUGUGUGGUGGGAGAACACCCCCCCCACACACCUUUUUCUGUUUCAUAACUCAAAACACUUGCCUUUCUUACUGUCUUUCCUAUAUUUUUGAGGCAGGAAGAGGAGGCAGCUGUCCUAAGUUUGGCUUUAACCCUCUUAUCGCUCCGACCCAAGAGCUGGACUCUGCCCUGAUCCUUUUCCUUCCUUCCACCAAACUCUCAGAGUAGCCCUGUCCCUUUGUUUCCUCCCUUCUGGAUCCAAAUCUGUGGUUCUCUUCGAUUCACCUGUUUUCCUCUUGACCUCACGAUCUCUGUGAACUGAUUUGGGGAUCCUUCAGAAGCCAUCAUGUCCGUGGCGGGGCUGAAGAAGCAGUUCUACAAAGCCAGCCAGCUGGUCAGCGAAAAGGUUGGAGGGGCCGAAGGGACGAAGCUGGACGAUGACUUCAAGGAGAUGGAAAAGAAAGUGGACCUCACCAGCAAAGCUGUGGUCGAGGUUUUGGCACGGACGACGGAAUAUCUCCAGCCCAAUCCCGCCUCUCGCGCCAAGCUGACGAUGCUGAACACGGUCUCCAAGAUCCGGGGGCAGGUGAAGAACCCAGGCUACCCUCAGUCCGAAGGCCUCCUCGGCGAGUCCAUGAUCCGGUACGGCAAGGAGCUGGGCGAGGAGUCCAACUUCGGAGAUGCGCUGCUGGACGCAGGCGAAUCCAUGAAGCGCCUGGCCGAAGUGAAGGACUCCCUGGACAUCGAGGUCAAGCAGAACUUCAUCGACCCCUUGCAAAACCUGUGCGACAAGGACUUGAAGGAGAUCCAGCAUCAUCUAAAGAAGUUGGAAGGCAGGCGCUUAGACUUCGACUACAAAAAGAAGCGGCAGGGGAAGAUCCCGGACGAGGAGCUCCGGCAAGCGCUGGAGAAGUUCGAGGAGUCCAAAGAAGUGGCCGAGACGAGUAUGCACAACCUCCUGGAGACGGACAUCGAGCAGGUCAGCCAGCUGUCAGCUUUGGUGGACGCCCAGCUCGAUUACCACCGGCAAGCCGUGCAGAUCCUCGAUGAGCUUGCGGACAAACUCAAGCGCAGGGUGCGGGAAGCGUCCUCACGCCCCAAGCGCGAAUACAAGCCAAAGCCCAGGGAAACCUAUGAAUUUGGGGAGAGCGACCAAUCAAACGGCGGCUUCUCCUGCAACCCGGCCCCCAAAGUCUCAGCAGCUUCCUCCUCUUUCCGAUCCGAAAAGCCAUCCCGGACCCCCAGCCGGACGUUUUCUCCCCUGGACCAGCCGUGUUGCAAAGCGCUGUAUGAUUUCGAGCCGGAGAAUGACGGGGAGUUGGGCUUCAAGGAAGGCGAUAUCAUCACGCUGACCAACCAGAUCGACGAGAACUGGUACGAGGGCAUGAUCAACGGCCAGUCGGGCUUCUUCCCGCUCAACUACGUGGAGGUGCUGGUCCCGCUGCCCCAGUGAGAGGCUCCACUCCUGGCGUCUUCUUUCUCUCUCCUCUUCCCUUCCCUCGCUCUGAAUCCCCUCUUCUUCCCUCUCUUUUACAUUCCAUGGGACUGAUCUGACACUAAUUCCCCCACGCUGGGGACCGCUACUCAACAUCAAUAGGUGGAGCAAAGCACAAAAGCGAGGUUCAGACUGACACCCCAGACUCCCGUAAACUCAUUCUGUCUCUCCGUUUGGUUUGGGAACACGUGGCACUUAUAAUUUGUGUAUUUUCCGCUUCCAGCCCCACCGACAGUGUUUAUCUUGUUUCAUUUUGCCCCCCCCCCCCCCCCAAAGAAAUUCGGGUGCACAAAGUCACAAUGUGUUCAGACUCCGUCUCCCAGUAUCCCCGAGGCUUUUGGGAGCUGGAGUCCGCGAUGUUGGAGUGACUAGAGCCUGGGAACCCAAGUGAGCAAUUAUACGAGGUUCUUCAUUUCUGCUCGUGAAAGGAGGCCUGUUAGAGACCCAAAACCGUUCAGCUAGCAUCGUUCCCCGUCUGCCUAUCUGAAAACACUACUAGACGGGCUUCUUUUUUCUGGGCAUAUUGACAAACGUCUUCCUUAAAAUUAGAGUUGUCUUGGUCCAAUUUCAAGGAGAGCUGGGCCCCACACGUAACACUUCAGCUCAUCCAGGGUCGUACGAGUUUCGUUCUCAUUCUCAAGCGUUGACAUUGAGAAAAGGGUCAGAGCGUCCUUGAAUGUAAAUACCAUCUCGGAAGCAGGCCCUCCACGGUGUUGUUUUUCUGUCCAUGGUGCUAGCUUUCUGUCUGCGUUGUUUUCCUCUCCCUGAGGCACUCGCUUUCUCCUUGCAGCGGUCGUGAAAUCCCAAAGCUCCUUGCAGGUGGCAUUAUCCCGAGCCUAGCAGCAGUAGAUGCUUCCUCGCUCAUCCCUUUAACCCCGUUUGCUGCCGUUUGAAAGCAUUUUGCUUAAACGGACUGCGGGGAUUACAACUGGGAUUCUGUGAGGGUCUUUCUGCCACGGGACCGACCCUUUCCCAAGUCGCUCGGCAUUUGUUGCAUUCGAUUUGCACCCCGAGGGCUCUUCUGUGCCUUCCGAGAUCUCUCCGUGCGCAUCCCAUGAUGUUGCUUUUUCUUCGGCACUAGAAAACGGGGCAACAAAGAGGUAUAGCCGAGCCAUACAUAGCUGUAUUAUAAUCCCCUCGUCCCUGGAAUAAUAGUGUCCUUACAGUGCUGCUCUCUCACUGCGGGCAGUGGGACUCAACUCGGCCACGAUGACUCCCCAUUCCUUUGCCUUUCCCCGUUACGUGGCCUUUGGCUUCCCUUCCUUCCUUCCUCGGGAAACACCAAUUCAGUUUGGUGGGUUCACGAUCUGACCGUGCUUUUUUAUCCAACGAUAACAAAAUAAUUUAGCUCGGUUUAUGCUCACCUUGAUUUGGGCUGUGAAACAGUCGAAAACAAAGUUAUUUGCGGAGCCAUUAGGGAGGCAAAAAUGGAGACCGAGAAACAUGGGCAGAUCUUUCCAUCAUUUGGCUGCAUUAUACAGUGCAUACAUAUAUAUGUGUGUACGUAUAUAUGUGUAUAUAUACUUUCUUCUCCCGUUGGUCUCCCCACGAUCUGACACACUUGUAAUAUUUAUAUCCGUAUAUUUUAUAUAUAUAUAUAUCUAUAUCAAACUUAUUUUGUAGUUGGUUCUCUCUUGGGGUGGGAUGGGUUGAAUUCGUAAUCUUGUACAAGCCACUUACACACGUUAUAUACAUUAUAUAUAUUAUAUAUAAAUAUCAUUUACUGUCCUUGCUGUCCUAGGCGAGCACCUUUUCUUUCAGUGUGUUUUCAACAUUGUUCCUGACCGUCUCCAUGUCCGUUCAGCCCCAAAUACGACACAAAGUCCCUUGGGUUACGUGCUUAACCCUCUUUCCUCUUCAUACUCACUCGGAACAAGUGUUUUGGAUGAAUUUUAAGAUUUGUAGAUCUGUUUCUCUGUGGGAAAAGUCGCCACAGGUGUCAUGCUGUCUGUUCGAUCGGGCUUUUUCUAUCCCUACUUUUGUAAAUACCGGCUUUCCUGAUUCUGUAACUCCAGGCCUUGGUUGUGUUCAAUGGAGUGAAACGAGAGUCUCUCUCUCUCUUUAUAUAUAUAUUUUUUGUAAUCUGGACACUUUCUUAAGAGGAGACGAUGAGAAACCCCUUCCUCCUCCUCCUGUUCUGGUUCGUGGAUUAUUGGGUUUUUUUUUCUUUUCUUCCGUUUCAUUUUGUAUCCUUGAAAUAAAAAGUAUUCAAUGUU